GCCCACCGGCAAUACCUGAUCACCGUCUUGGCCCCGCUGGUCCUCCUCCCAUUGCCCCUGGCUCUUCCUUACAAGGAGGCGCAAUGCGGCUACACCAUCAUCCUGAUGGCCCUCUUCUGGUGCACCGAGGCCCUUCCGCUGGCGGUCACCGCUCUCCUGCCGGUCCUCUUCUUCCCACUCAUGGGCAUCAUGGACUCCACAUCGGUGUGCAAGGAGUACCUGAAGGACACCAACAUGCUCUUCUUGGGCGGCCUGCUGGUGGCCAUUGCCGUGGAGCACUGCAACCUCCACAAGCGCAUUGCUUUGCGCGUCCUGUUGAUCGUCGGGGUUAGGCCUGCUUUGCUCCUGAUGGGCUUCAUGGGUGUCACGGCCUUCCUCUCCAUGUGGAUCAGCAACACAGCCACCACUGCCAUGAUGGUCCCCAUCGCCCAGGCCGUUUUGGACCAGCUCCACCAGUCUGAGCAGAGAAAGAUGGAGGCCAAGCCGACGCAAAAUGGAAGCGCCAACCCGGCCUUCGAAUUGCAGGAACCGGACAACGGGCAAGCGAAUGGCCACGUGGUGACCAUAGAGAAGGAGAAGCUGCCCGAAGACCAGCGCCAGCUAGAGAAGAAGCACCGCAACCUCUCCAAGGGCAUGAGCCUUUCGGUGUGCUACUCGUCCAGCAUCGGGGGACUGGCCACGCUGACUGGCACCACCCCGAACCUGGUGCUGAAGGGCCAGAUGGACGAGCUGUUUCCUGACAACCACAACGUGGUCAACUUUGCCUCCUGGUUCGGCUUUGCUUUCCCCACCAUGGUCAUCCUCCUGGUCCUCUCCUGGUUCUGGCUGAUGGUGAUGUUCCUGGGCUUUGACUUCAAGAAGAAUUUCGGCUACAGGGCCAGUGCAUCGGAGCAAAUGCACUCGGACACGGCCUACGAUGUAAUCCGCAGGGAACACCGGUCCCUCGGCCCCAUGAAGUUCUCCGAAGGCACUGUCCUCGGCCUCUUCAUCUUCCUCGUCCUCCUCUGGUUCACCCGGGAACCCGGGUUCAUGCCCAGCUGGGCAAAUGCCCUCUUCAGCAGGGAUGGGGUGAGUUACGUGACGGACGCCACGGUGGUCAUCUUCAUCGCACUGCUCAUGUUCUUUGUUCCUUCUGAGAUUCCCCGCUGUGGCUCACGGAGCCGGCGGCAGGAAGAGGGCACGAAGGAGAUCCAAGUGACCCCGGCCCUCCUGGACUGGCCGACCGUCCACAAGAAGAUGCCCUGGAACAUCAUCAUCCUUUUGGGGGGAGGAUUCGCCUUGGCCAAAGGCAGCGAGGUCUCUGGUCUCUCUGAAUGGCUGGGGAGCAAACUGACGCCUUUGCAGAGCAUCCCGCAUCCCGCCAUCGUAUUCCUCCUGUGCCUUUUGGUUGCCGCCUUCACCGAAUGCACCAGCAACGUGGCCACCACCACCCUCUUCCUCCCCAUCUUGGCUUCCAUGGCCCAGGCCAUCUGCCUCAACCCACUGUACGUGAUGCUGCCCUGCACCUUGGCUGCCUCCCUGGCCUUCAUGCUUCCGGUGGCCACUGCCCCCAAUGCCAUCGUCUUCUCCUACGGACAGCUGCGGGUCAUGGACAUGGUUAAAGCCGGAUGCAUGCUCAACCUCUUAGGGGUGCUGACCAUCACCUUUGCCAUCAACACCUGGGCCUUCCCCUUGUUCGACCUCCACCAUUUCCCGUCCUGGGCCAACGGCACCAACGGCCAGUGCUGACCACCCGGGGAGGGACGCUCUUCCGAUGGGGGAGCCAUCGCUUUAGCCCAGGCCCCGUUGCUCCUCGCUCAGCCUUUUGGGCGGUCAAGGGGUCAUUUCGAGAGCAAAUCUCAGGGGCUGCAGGGCUGC